AUGAGCCAGAUACCCUUCCAACUUACGGGGUUAGACCCUUCGUCUACCUGGCAGCCGCUCCCCUCCCAAGCCCCCCCUGGUUUUCCGGCCAGCGGCAAUGGGCUAUGGUACAUAUCUCCGGGCCAGGCCGACGGCUGGGCAACGGAAUGGCUCCCAAUCGGCAAUGGUUAUGUCGCAGGUGGGCUAGCCAGUCCUGAUCUUCCCUUCCAGAGACAUCAUAGAUCUGAUCGGACUGGCGCUAUAGCCUCGAUGCCUGGAGAGACAAUGCAGGAAACGAUGCACGUAAACAUUGAAUCUUUAUGGUCUGGUGGACCUAUGCAAGAUCCGUCAUACAAUGGAGGCAACCAAUUGCCUUCCCAACAAGGCGCGAUGGCGCAAGACAUGCAAGCAUAUCGCCAGGCAAUCUUUGCAAGUUCGAAUGGGACCAUCAAUAACAUUGAAGAGCUCAUGACCCCUCCGGGGGCAUAUGGGUCGUAUGCUGCGGCGCCAUCUUUACUGACCACUAUGGACUUGAAUGGAUUGACAACAGAUUACUUCCGCUGGCUUGACUUGGACGAGGCGGUUGCGCGAACGAUGUGGACAGAGGGCGAUGUCACUUAUAUUCGCGAACAAUUUUGUUCUCAACCUGCCCAGGCCUGUGUUCAAUACGUAAAUACCACAGAUGGAAGCCAACUGCCCUCUCUGACGUACGCAUUCUCCAUCGUGAUCGACGCAGGCCUACCAGUGCCGAACAUCACUUGCCUUGAUGAUGACACGCUCAUGGUGACAGGUCUAGUAAAUGAUCCAGGCAUGGCCUAUGAAGUGCUCGCACGCGUGCGCACCUCGAAUGGUGCCUCUACCUCAUGUGCUCCAUCUGGCGGCAACGCGACGUUGAGCGUUGCAAAUACCGAAGAAGCAUGGAUCACCUGGGUCGGAGGGACUAAUUAUGAUAUGUACGCCGGGACUGCUACCGAAGGGUUUUCUUUUGCAGGCCCAGACCCGCACGCGGCGCUCGUCCCCUUGUUGGAUGCUGCGACUGCAUCAUCGGUUUCGUACAGAUCACUUCUGGCCACACACACAGCGGACUAUGCUGCCGUAAUGGCACCGUUUUCAUUGUCGCUCGGACAGACACCGGACUUUUCAACACCGACGGACCAGCUGAAGGCGGCUUAUGAGACGAAUGUUGGAAACUCAUACCUAGAGUGGGUGCUGUUCAAUUAUGGGCGAUACCUACUCGCGGGAAGCUCGCGUGGGGAUCUACCUCCAAAUUUACAAGGAAAGUGGGUGGAAACAUGGAGCAAUCCAUGGGGUGCCGACUAUCAUUCCAACAUCAACAUUCAGAUGAACCAUUGGUUUGCGGAGAUGACCAACAUGGACGUCAUGCUUCCCCUCUUCAACUAUAUUGAGAACACUUGGGCCCCACGCGGCGCAGAAACGGCGCAGAUUCUUUAUAACAUCUCCCGCGGUUGGGUGACUCAUGACGAGAUGAAUAUUUUCGGCCACACCGGUAUGAAAUUGGACGGGAAUUCUGCCCAGUGGGCUGAUUACCCUGAAUCUGCCGUUUGGAUGAUGAUUCAUGUCUGGGACCACUUCGACUACACCAAUAACAUCACGUGGUUUAGAGAACAAGGGUGGCCGCUUUUAAAGAGCGUUGCGGAAUUCCACUUGGACAAACUCAUUCCGGAUUUGCAUUUUAAUGACUCUACGCUCGUCACUAACCCUUGUAAUUCCCCAGAGCAGGUACCCAUCACAUUCGGGUGUGCACACGCGCAGCAGCUUAUUUGGCAGUUGUUCAACUCUAUUGAAAAAGGCUAUGCGUUAUCUGGCGACACGGAUACUGCGUUUUUGGAGGAGGUCAAGGAAAGGCGAGAACAAAUGGACAAGGGCAUUCACAUUGGUUGGUGGGGCCAACUGCAGGAAUGGAAGGUCGACAUGGAUUCGCCCACGGACACACAUCGCCACCUCUCUCACCUCAUUGGACUCUACCCGGGCUACGCGAUUACGUCUUACAAUCCGUCGAUUCAGAACGGUAGUCUGUAUGGAUACAACAAAAGCGACGUACUUGCUGCCGCGGAGAUUAGUCUUUUCCAUCGUGGCAAUGGGACCGGUCCGGACGCAGAUUCUGGAUGGGAGAAGGUUUGGCGGGCAGCUUGUUGGGCCCAGCUGACAAAUGCAAGCGAGUUUUACUUUGAGCUUUCGUAUGCUGUUGAACGCAACUUCGCCGGCAACUUGCUCGAUCAGUAUACGCCUAACACAGGGCCCGAUGGCGUCUUCCAAAUCGACGCUAACUUCGGGUAUCCCGCCGCAUUGCUGAAUGGCCUCCUCCAGGCACCCGAUGUUGCCUCAUAUUCCACGCCCCUUGUCAUCACCAUACUCCCAGCAUUGCCGGAUGUAUGGCCGUCCGGAUAUAUCAAGGGUGCACGAACCAGAGGAGGCAUGACGCUGGAUUUAGCGUGGGAACAUGGAAAGCCGACCUCGGUCAACAUUGUGGUUGAUCAGAAUGUACAAGCACGGCCCGUUCAGAUCGUUUAUAAUGGUAAUGUCCUGGCUACGUUCACGACGUCAGGAGGCAUCACCAAAGCUAUCGGACUCAACUAG